CAGCACAGGCAGGUCUGCCAAGGUGCUAUGCCAGUUUCUCUUGAUCCAGCUAUUGUAAAACUAGAAGUUGGUUUAGUUGAUAUAUUUAUGUCUCUCUGUCGGUUUGAGUGGCAAGCGGGGUACAAAGAGUUGGCUACUGCCCUGUUUCAAGCAGAGAUUGAAUAUAGCUUGUUCUCCCCUUUUCUUCUUAGCAAAAACAGUAAACGAAGACUUUUGAACAUUUUUGGAGUAGCAAUGGUGCUAGAGUUGGGGAAGAUGGAGCACUUGGCUGGUCAACGUGGUUAGAAAAGGAGGAAGAACAGAGACAACAGGCAGUGAAGGAGGAAUCUUCGAGUAAUGUUGAUGAAGGUGGUUGGACUGGUUGGUCAGAACCAUUAUCGAAAAUCAAAGAAUUUAAUGAAGUUUCAGAAAAGGUGAUAGAUAGUGAUGGAGUUCUCGAGGAGUUAGAGGAUGGAGCUGAAAUGCAAGAAGCUGAUGAGAAGGAUGAUACUGAAGCUUUGUUGAAAAUGCUUGGGAUUGAUGCUGCUGCUGCUGAAGUGAAUGGUGAGGUCAAAGACACAAGAACAUGGGCGGGCUAGGUGGUCAGAAAAAGAGGUAGAAAGGGAUUCACACCAGUGGAUGCCUGUUCGUGCAAGUUGUGACGAUGACCAACUUUUGAGAGUAAUAGGAUACGAGGAUGUCAGUGACUACCUAUUCUCAAUAUAUUCUAAGGAAGCACGCUUGUCUCUGGUAUCCCAAUUUAUUGAUUUCUAUGGCGGGAGGAUGGCUCAAUGGAUAUAUUGCUAUGUGGAGUCUAUGCACAGAGAGAGGCAGUGUUUGGGAAUAUUGAUCAUGCUAGAAAGAUUUUUGACAUGGCAUUGUCAUCCAUUGAAGGACUUCCUGUGUUCAACCUGGACACAUGGUGUGAUAGAUGACCAGUCAGUUGCUCUUGUAUGUUCAGCCGCAUUAUAUUGUUUUGAGGAAAUUAGUAUUGGAUGGACGGCCAGUGCUGAAUUUUUUGACCAGGCAUUUUCAAUGGUUCUUCCCGAAAGAAGAAGGAACAGCUAUCAUGUAGAAGCUUUGUUCAAUUAUUAUGUUGCCAUGCUUUCUAAACAUCACAGACAAGUAAAACUAUCAAAAGUGUGGCAGUCUAUAUUGAACGAGCUGCAGAUGUACCCUGUCAGUCCAAAACUUUACAGUGCAUUAGUUCAAAUCAGCCAUCUUUACACUUCGCCAAAUAAGCUAAGGCUGGUAUUUGAUGAAUACUGCAAAAAGAAACCAUCUGUUAUUAAUUGGCUAUUUGCAUUGUCAUUCGAGAUAAGUAGAGGUGGUAUUGCACUGAUCUGUAGGAUGUCCUUGCUAUAA